UCGCCACUUGGGCUCAGACCCACGCUAAAUUCAUUGCUUUGACCAAUCUCAAUACAUAUUUCAUCACCGGCUUGGAACUUCUCGAGAUGAUCGCGUUGAAGCUGUUGCUGACCAUCAUUUUGGGGAGUGCUUUUGCCCGGCGACUCGAACGAACCAAACUACAGUCGAACAAUUCGCAGAGUUGCCGCGCUUGUGGGUUGGUAGAUGUUGAUCGUAGCCUUGCCAUCUCUUGGGGAAUUUUCCCACCAGUCCCCAUACCUGGAUUCAGUGUCAGUUAUUAUUGUGCGCCAAAAAAGUCGAUCCCAUGGGAGACGGGGGGCGACGUGGACGCCGCCUUGGAAGAAGAUUGUGACUUCUCCGAGGAUUUGAGUGACAGCGACAAACAGAAAUGCCAAGAUCAAACAAAGUCUACGACUUUGAGAGCUACUUAUCUCGGUGUUCCUGCCGCCUUUUUCCGACAAAUGGCCGUGUGCGGCCGAUGCACCCUUUGCGCUGCAUUCGGCAAGGUGCGAGCUUUGUGGAAGAAGAUCAAGGCAGCGGUGCAGAAGGUCAUUGGAUGGCUCAAGGAUGUGAAACGUAGCGUUUUCGGCUACGGCUAUGCACCGGAGUUUGUUCGGGAGCAGAUGCAAGAACGCUUUGACUCGUUCUUUCCUGUUGACGAAUCGGCCGGUUCACUGGCAGAAACCUACGAGAGUGAGACUCAGAAAGGCUGGGAAACCGAAAAAGAAGGCUAUCAUGAAAAGAUGGUUGAAAAGGCGUUGAGAGAGCACUUGUCUGACAAGUCUCCCGAAGAGGCAGAACAUCAUCUUUCCCUUCUGGAAAGACAUGUUGCAGAAGCAGAUCAGCAGGAAAAGGAACUGCUUCAACGUGCGAAGAUAGACUUCAUCUCGCAGACUCAAAGAGUCCAGCAGAUGGCUGAAAUGCAGAUGCCAGGAAUACUUCAGAGUCAUGAUUGCCGUGAAGCAAUCCAAACAAGCACUGCAACGUUGUUGAUUUCUUUGUCGGUGUCUUUCCCAAACAUUGCUGCAGCUAUCACGAGUGCUGUCUUACUGAACUUUGCUGGUGCACUCUAUGCGUUGAUUCCGGCAGUCAGCUUGUCGGCCUUGCCUAGGGGAUUUGAACAUUUGGGCAGUGUCGAUCGGUGUUUGCAGGCCCUGGACCAGCACCGGCAGCCCUACUUGGAUGGCUGCACGCAUGAAGAGCCUUUCAUGGCCUGCACAGCCCGAACCUAUCAGCGACUUAUGGAGAAGGCCUUGAGUGAAAAAUGGUGGCCCUUGAUGCACAAUGCUGAAGGAACCUUUGGUUCGAUCGACCUUGGCUACAAGUACGACGAACUCAUGAACUCUCUCCGGUGCUCUUCCACUGGCAGCUGCUUGGAAAAGGGUUUGGACAAGCUCGGUGAAGCAGACAUGAAAUUCAUUUUGGAGAAUAACAGUGCCAGUGAAUCAGAACGAUUUACGGAGCUUCAAUGUGCUUUAACAGCCAAUCGGGUUGAUUCGGAGGACAUGGGAAAGGACAAACUGCCUGUCUUCUCGGACAAGAUUUGGGCUGCUGCCCUGAAGUCACAUGGUCAAAUAAUGUUGGAUGAGCCGAUGUACACUCGCUCCUGUGUCGAUGUGCUGCCCUAUGUGGCAGCGUAUUGCGCAGCGGAUCUCAAGUGCAUGGAUCCAGACUCCCUGGGUGGCAAGGGAUUCUUUGACUCGGAGGACGUGACAGCGGCGCAGCAAGGCGCUGAACAAAAAGUUGCACCUUUGCGGCUGUUGGCAAAGAAAGAUCACUUGAAGAACAUUGAUCAUUUUGAAGAGAUGUGGCAGGAGUUGGUGAGCUCCGAGUUUGAUGGCUUGAAACCUGCCGAGGAUGCACUUCAGUGGAGCGAGCUUUGGCUUUUGACCAAUGUGAGUCAUGAGGCCGGCCUUGUCUCCUCUUGGCCCGAGAUCCUACAAGCGCUGAAGGGUGAAAGGAAGGUCAAUUGGACCAGCACCAGGCUACACUGGGAAAUCUGGCAUGACCUGGCUGUUUGUAUUAUGUAUAUUUAUAUAAAGAGUUGGCAUCAAAGGUCGACGUAUUUUUCAAUCUUCUGUCAGAUUUAUUUCCACAGCUGAAUUCCCCAUACGGUUCCUAAAACAGAAUCACCGAUUUCCUAUAAUCCAUUUGGCAUUUCUUGGGCACAUCCGAGGAAAAGGUCCUCUUCGUGUCACUCCUCAGGCUUCAGAUCCGAGAUUCGCGUUUACAACAGCCUGAACACUUACAGGAUAAACGCUCUCUGUCGCAAGUGGUGCUCAACCUGCAGGAUAUCUAUGAAACCAAGUUCUGCUCACCUGGAGCUUUGGGUGGAUUGAAGGAUGAACACUUGCAAAGAUUGGGUGUGAAAGACCUUACCGCCUUGGCCAUUCAUGAUGUUGUCAAGGAUUCCCUGGUGAAGGGCUUGUGGAAAAAUUGGCUAGUGCUGCAUGUGAAGAUCCAGUGGAAGACCACUGCAAGCAUCAGACUGAAGCGAUUCCAAGAUUUGCUCGCAAAGAGCGCAUGCAGUUGUAUGUGCUAUGACGCCUGUGGAACUUUACAGGCUUCAGCUGUUUCCAAGUGUCAGGCCAUAAACAAGACGAAAUCGACACGUCCGAUUCAAAAGCGGGCGCCAAAGAUCCGUGCCAGUGAAGUUGUGGUGGAUUUGGUCACUGAGCCUGGCAAGAAAACCUUUAAGAAUGUUGAUUUGCAGGUAAUCAAGAAACCAAUGGCUGGAGGUUGUAACCAUCGACUUUCAAUCUCCGGCCGCUAUUUGUGGCCCCCGCUCGAAGGCUUUAUUUCCAAAUGUGACUUGCCCUCAUAUUUCGAGCAAAGUGGAAAGCUUGACUUGAAGAUCACAAUCUGGUCCAGUCCUGAGCGAGCGGAUGAAGUCUCUUGCUGGCAAGACUUUAAAACUCUUCACAGGCCGUACAGUGAUUGGCUGAAUGAGGAAUUUGACCGAUGGUUGGAGCCGGUGGAGUGAGAGGAGCUGCUUUGCUCCACAUUCCUUGCAAAAAGGUUUGCUCCAUUGUGGCC